AUGUCAACUGAAAUACUUGAUCAUUGGAAAGUAGUCACUGAAUGUGAUCAAUUGGAUACUGAAUUCACAAACUGUGGAUCACAAUUGGUUGUAUUAUACUUUGGACAACCAAAUUGUAUUGGAUGUGAACAAAUCAGAGGUUUGAUGAUUUCACUCCCAGCUAAAUACCCAAAGGUUAAGUUUCUUCAGAUUCCGAGCAACAGUCCAGUGAAAAGAGAUCACUAUUGUUGUAAUGAUAUGAUGGUCUUCCCUGCUACUCGUUUCUAUAAGAAUUGGAAAUACCCAGAUCAAAGAGAUCAUCUACAGAUUGCUAUAGGUGCAUGUGGUAGUGUCAUUGAAGACUUGAUUAAACAAUACCAAUAG